AUGAAUAUAGGAAACGCAGAUAUCAAUUCCCUAGUGAACUCCACAAUUGAUGCAGUUAAUUCCAAAAUCUUUUCGAUCAACAACAUUUUCUCUUUAAUUGAUUCGGUUGCAACAUAUAGGCCGAGACACAUAAAGAAAAUAUAUAUGUUUUGCAAGCAACUCAUUUCUGCAAAUCAUAUUUCCUUAAAUAAAGGUGCAUUUCAGAAUGAAUUAUUAUGUGCUCUUUUGGUGAAGGACCAAUUAUUGAAUUCAUUCAUGCCAUUUAAAUUUAGAAAAAUGACGACUGAACAACUCUAUCGCUCUUAUGAGGAAAAAACGAUAGAGUAUGCCUUAUUAUGGGAUGACAAAGACAUUCUUGAAUACGUAAUGGAAGAGCAGCAACUAUCUCCAGACUCGAAUUUGAACAAUGAUUUCACAGUUAUUGAUUUAGCAGCAAAUUUUGGAGCCCAGGACUGUUUCACAUACUUAUACUCCAUUUCUCCAUGCGUUACUAUGAAUACAUUGCGCAAAUCUUUCAUCGGAAACGACAAUAAAAUUAUUCAGACUUGUUUGAAGCAUCAUAAGCCAGAUACAUUAUGUAUUGAGAACGCAGUAAUGGCUCAUCAUAAUUCAACAGUGGCCAAGCUCAUCAAAGAAUACAAAUUAAAUUUCAGUUGGUCUUCAUGCCUGCAAUACUUCAAUAUGCAGUGCUUUUUCAUGAAGGUUUCUGUUUGUAAAAACGUCAAUAUGAAAGAUUUUGAGAAGAAUAAUGCAUUGAUUGCUUCAUCAUUGUAUUCGAACUUCAUUGCAGCGGAAUUCAUGAUUAAACUUAAUGCUGAUGUCAAUGAAACUGAUGCUAUGGAAAAUUCUCCUCUUAUAAUUUCUUCGAUCAAUAAUUCCAAGGAAAUGGUGGAAUUAUUAGUCAGAAAUCAUGCAAAUAUCUUCCAAACAGAUGCUUAUGGAAGAACUGCAUCCGAAAACGCUGAACUAAAGGAUAAUCAAAAGAUCGGUCGUUAUCUUCAUAAAAUUGAGCAGCAAACAAUAGGUAACAUGGUUUCUUGCAGUUGA